GAGAUGACUGAUGAUUAACAGCGGCCUCCGUGGACGCACACCCGUGCAGUAAAGCUCCCCUACGCAAUGGAAAGCUCUAAGAAGGCCGAGGAAGCAGCUACAGACCGAACAGGGAACACCACCAACCGCCAGGAGGAACCUCAACAAUCUAAACAGGAAGACGAUUCUUGUCUGUAUGGUUGGGGAUCAUUCAAGCCCAGAUGUCUGCAGCCGAUGAAUACCUUGCCGUGGUUCACAGCGUGGUCGGUGGUGUUCAUAUUGGCGUGGUCGUCGUGUUCACUAGGCCCCGGCAUCCCGCACAUAGAGAAGCAGUUUGGUCUGACCAGCAAGAUGACCGCUGUGUUGACCAGCUGCCUGGACAUCGGCGGAGUCAGUAUAAUGCUGUUCGUCAGCUUCAUUGGCACCAGGUACAACAUGGCUAAAGGGCUCGCUAUCGGAGCAUUCGUCAAUGCUAUCGGAGCCUUAGUCUUCUGUAUCCCACACUUCUUCUAUGAGGCACCUAAGUUUGAAAACGUUGAAAAUGCCUCCAAUGCUGAUAUUUGUCCACUGAGCGCUAUCAGUACAGCCGUCAACGACAGCUCGCCAACCAGCGUCCUCUACACUACAUACGCCUUCAUGGUCGUGGGCGAUUUACUGAGGGGGUUUGGAACAACGGUCAUCUUCACGCUGGGAACCGCCUAUAUCGACGAGAAUGGCAAAUAUCCUUUGUCAACGCUCUUUAUAACUGUGACGUACGCAGCCUCGGAGAUUGGUGGCUCAGCCAACGCCGUCCUAAGCGGCUACAUCAUGGACAACGUCUACGUGGACUUCGACAAGGUGGACCAAUCUCAAAUUCCAGACCCUAAAGACCCGAACUGGAUUGGUGCUUGGUGGCUGAAUUUCACGUACGCGACCGGGCUCUUUCUUUUGACAGUCGUACCCUUAUAUGGUUACCCUAAAAGAUUGCCAGGUAACCAGGGCAACUCAGGCCCCGAGAAUGACAAAGAGGACAAGGUAGUGGUAAGCGGAAAUACACUCCGUGAAAUGAUCAAGAACUUGCUUCGAGAUUUCGCAAAUGCAGCCCGGCGACUCCUUUUCAACCUUGAAUUCGUCCUUCUCAGCGUAGCCUCGGCUGUCUCCACGUGUGCUGCUAUAGGAAUCGGGGUCUUCUCAUACAAGUUUCUCACUAUGCAGUACGAUGUCAACUUCCAAGUCGCCGGGUACAUAUCAGGUACCAAGUCAGCUUUAUCAGGGUUGGGCUACAUUGCUGGCAGUGCUGUAAUCCGGAGAUUCAACUUACACGCUCUGGGUAUUGAACGUCUGAGCUUUGGCCUGUCCUUGGCCUCCGCCAUCAUGAGCAUAGGGCUGCUGGCCAGAUGUCCUAAUGUCCAGCUUGCAGGAGUGGAAGUCCCCUACCUGGGAGAGAACGCAACAAACGGUCUUUUGGCGGAGUGCCAACGUUCUUGCCAAUGUCAAGGCCACCCCUUCAAUCCAGUUUGUGGAGCAGACGACAUUGUGUACUACUCUCCGUGUCAUGCUGGUUGUACAGAUAUGAUGGUCAAUGGGUCGGACCGGUCAUUCACCAACUGCAGCUGCAUUCAACAUCAAGCUGAGUCCAGCUCUGACCUUGACCCUACAGCCAGAUCCGGGCAGUGUGAAACUGGCUGCUAUGGCGUCUACAUAUCAACGCCGUUUACCUUCCUCAUGACGCUCUUUAUGGUUAUCAGCAUCUCGAACGAGUCGAUAGCCACCCUAAGAUGUGUGGAUCAGGAUCUGCGUCCGUUUGCCCUCGGGGUGCAGUGGGUGAUCAUGCGUCUUCUUGGUAACAUUCCUUCUCCUGUGUUCAUCGGUGCCAUCUUGGACGCUAUCUGCCUGGUGUGGAGUGACCCGGUGCCAGGGGUGGGAACUCGGUAUUGCCAGGUGUAUGACAAGGAGAAGCUAGCUUACGGAUUUUGUUUCACAUGGCUGUCCGCGAACCUCUUGAGCGCAUUUUUGUUCUUAAUGGCGUCCUUCGUCAAUGUACGACGGAACAAAACAAAGGAAAUGAGCGCAGAAAGGGAGACUGGCCCACAAAAAGAUGAAGACACGAGACUAUGAGACGGAUUUUGUCAUCAUCAUAAUAUAUAUGGAAAAUACUUAUCAUCCUUAUGUGAAUUGUUUUACAAAAUUAAGACUUCGAACAUGUGAAGGGUUUUGAAGAUGUGGAACGUUGUUUGAAUACUAGCAUACACAUCUGUGAUUGGUAUUUACUUAAGGAUAGACCAGAAGCAGUUGUAGUUUCCAAAAUAAAUUUAUUCCAAAAUGCUAUAUGAAAGGCUAUGUCUAUUUUGUCCCUUUGCAACCUCUAUAGUCUCUAUUUCAUAAACGUUUCAGAUCAAUGUUUCAAAUUUUCAUCUACAUCCGGAAUCGGCUGUAACGUAAACUUAUGUGAUGUACAAGGAAGUAUGUGGCGUACACUGGGGUAGUUUCUCUUUACAAUGUUUCUGUACAGCAAAAGUAAAACUUUGUACUUAGUAGUGCUUAUAUCAUUCUUAACAUAGGCGAAGAUUUCGCUCUUGUCUUUGUCCUGCAUUGCACAUGUCUUUGUUUUAUUUCCAUACGUUCCUUUUUCCGCCAUUGUAUUGCUGUGGUCCAGUCUAAGGAAUGGGUUAGAAUCCCCCACGUGGUAACGAACUCCUUGUUCUUCUAAGACCGAUACUGCUUCACUGUUGCUAAACUAACGUAGAACUCUUGCUCUUUAUUAAAGUUUUCUUUAUGCCAUUGUUGUUUGGCAUGACAAGUCAAAGGAUUACUUCCCUUCUCCUAUUGGUCUACCUGGAAGUGUGUAGUUUUAUUACUAAAAGCGGUUAACAAGAAAAUAAUUAGAGACUCUUCUCAAAAUCAUAAUUCCACAUGACCGUGCUUGAUCGAUUGACUCUUGAGGGAAAAGCCGAACAAUUAUCAUUUUAUCACACAGUCUGCUCCGGACAUCCAGCAUGUUCAACAAUUAAUGGUUUGGGUAAAACCUAAUUUCCCCGAAUCUUCUAGAACCCAUGUAUUUGUUUAUAAAUAACCAUCCCAGGCGUGUAUGUCCAGUUAGACUUGGCGAAAUCUCACUCCGCUAGUUCUUGCUGCAAUAUGUCUGCAAAGGAGUUGUCCUGUUUUACAGGGAUCUAUUGUGUACAGACAUCGUGCAUUAACACCAGGCUUUGUACAUAAACUCCAGACAGGUAAACUAUUGAACAUGAACGUGAGACAUCGUACAUGAUCAACAGACAUCGUACGUGAACGUCAGACAUCGUACAUGGACGUCAGACAUCGUACAUCGACGUAAGACAUCGUACACGAACGUCAGACACCAUACAUGGACCAUACAACGACAGACAUCGGGUAUGAACAUCAGACGUGUAUGAACGUCAGACAUCGUACAUCAGAUGUGUAUGAACGUCAGACGUCGUGUGUGAAGGUCAGACAUCUUGCAUCAGACAUCGAAUAUGGACGUCAGACAUCGUACAUCAGACGUGUAUGAACGUCAGACGUCGUGUGUGAACGUCAGACAUCGUACAGGACAUGAGACAUCGUACAUGAACACAUGAACACCAUGUUCUCAGAUGAAUGCUAAAGUGUUUACGUUCGAAACUUCUAAACUGAGAAAGUGAGCCUGCUUACCCAAACCAUUUCAGUUUGACAAGCAUGGGUUACUGCAUCUUCCCAAGGCAAGAGAGUUAACUGACUUUAAAAGUCCAGUUUCCACCCUUGCCGAAC